AUGCAGUUUAUUGUUACCAGAGGGGGGGGUGUUUAUAAAGUGGGUUUUUUUACACCUUCUCGGGGGGAGGGGAAGAACAGAGGUGAGUGCGAUAAAGGGGGACAGUUGCAUGCAACGGAGGGGAGAGGAAAUGUAUACGGUGCGAGCACAACGCGGCAGAAGACUCCACAGCAGACUUCGCAGGAAAAGCAGGACCUCGACCUCUCCGAGACAAUCAGGAAGACAGAUCAGGACCAUACACAGGAGUACAGAAAAUAUGAGAAAUCGUUGGAAAAAAAAAACAUUCACGCCAUUUUACUCUGCGGAGGGAUCGGCAAAAGAACAGAAUUGGCGAAUGGAAAGCAACUCCUAAUGCUGAAUGAUUUCCCAGUCUUCCUAUACUCUUUUAAUUUGCUCGUCAAAUGCAAUAUAAUUAAGUCCAUCAGUCUUGUGUGCGAUUCGAAUUAUUUCCACCAUGUGAUGGAUAGUAUAAACAGAUUGAACGCUCCUCUUCUACGGAGGAAACAUGAGAGGGGGUUCCUGCGCAGGGGUCACUCGAAGAAUGUGUUGACUUUGUCGGAAGAACACUCCGAGAGGGAUACCAUCCAGACUAUUCAAUUCUUAAAAAAGAAUAAGUUUAUAAUAUAUGACAAUGAGAAAGGGAAGUGUAUCACCCACUUGGAUGAGCUGCUAACCGAUGUGAUGGAAAAAAAGAGGCAACACUGUGUGGGGGAAGUGGAGAACGAACCAUGCAGAAAUACCACUAAUAGGAGAGAUACUCGUGGAAAAGGGACAAAUAGCAGUGACGAGGUGAAGCCAAGCGAUGUUGACUCGAAUCGGUACAAGAUUAUACGGCUGCUGGAGAGCGGCCCGGAGAGGGUCGACUCCCUGCUGAAUGCGCUGCGAGGGCUGGACUUGUCGGUGCAAAAUGGGGAGUACAUCUGCCGGCUGCUGCGGGGGUGCGCCGAAACAUCGGGUGAAGCGGGUGAAGCGGAGGAAGCGGAUGAAGCGGAUGAAGCCGAUGGCGCAGGUGAAGCAGAUAAGGCGGAUGGCUCCGAUAGUGUGGACGGUGGCCACCCCGCUCGCAAAGCGCACAUCUCGCACAUCCUGGUGCACGACGGGGCGCGGCCCUUCUUGUCCGAGCUCGACUUCUUCAAUCUGAUUUACAUGGCCACAAUCGGGAAUAAUACCAUUCUGGGAGCGCGCGCCACGGACACCAUUAAGCGGAUAGGCAGCGAGCAGCAAGGGGAAGGUUGUCCCAGGGUGAAGGUCAACGUAGACAGGCAGUUCAUAUUUCUGGCUCAGACUCCACAGAUAUUUAGCAGCCACGUGUUGCUACAGCUGUGUGCGAAGUUAAUUUCAAUGAGAGGAGCGGAAGUCCAAAAAAGCAGGAAAACCUUCACCGAUACCUCUUCCCUAUUUCAACACCUUACAAAAAAAAAGGUGUUCGCUUUGCAGGCAAGGUUUCCUAACUUCAAAAUUACGACCCCGGCGGACGUCUUCCUCGCCAUCUUUCUCAUGGGACACCUUUUUAAGAGAUCGCAUGGCGACGUGGACAUGGGGAUGUUUAAUCAGGCGUUUGUGAAUUCUCCUUCCAGUUACGUUCCUUCGAACCAGUUUAACGACCAUUUUUUUUACGACUCCCUGGGGGGGAAGCAGCGCGUCCUGUACCACCACUUCUACUACGAGUAG